GGCCUGUAAAUAUUUCCGUGGAGGCCUUCAAGCAGGAGCAGCGGUAGUGGAGUGUCGUGUGGACGAGUUAUUAACGUUAAUAUUUAUCCUUAAUUUACUCCAAUAAUGCCGUAUGCUAACCAGCCGACGGUGAAAAUCACUGAACUGACAGACGAAAAUGUGAAGUUUAUGAUUGAAAACACCGAUUUGGCCGUUGCAAACUCCAUACGUCGUGUCUUCAUGUCAGAAGUUGCCACUAUAGCGAUCGACUGGAUCCAGAUAGAUGCCAAUUCAUCAGUACUGCAUGAUGAGUUCAUUGCACACAGAGUCGGUCUCAUACCCCUCACCAGCGAUGACAUUGUGGACAAAAUGCAGUAUUCCAGGGACUGUACCUGUGAUGAUUUCUGUCCAGAGUGUUCUGUUGAGCUGACGUUGGAUGUUCGUUGCACUGAGGACCAGACGCGCCAUGUCACCUCACGUGACCUGUUGUCCAACAACCCCCGAGUCAUCCCCGUGACUUCUAGGAGUCGAGACAAUGAUCCCAAUGACUACGUUGAACAAGAUGACAUUUUGUUGGUGAAGCUACGUAAAGGACAGGAACUGCGACUCAGAGCUUACGCCAAGAAAGGUUUUGGUAAGGAGCAUGCCAAGUGGAACCCAACAGCGGGGGUGUCGUUUGAGUACGACCCAGACAACGCACUGCGGCACACAGUCUACCCACGACCUGAAGAAUGGCCAAAGAGUGAAUACUCAGAGAUUGAGGAAGAUGAGGUUCAAGCUCCCUAUGACCCCAAUGGAAAACCAGAAAGGUUCUUCUACAACGUGGAGUCUUGCGGCUCUCUGCGACCGGAGACCAUCGUCAUGUCGGCGCUGGCUGUCCUCAAGAAGAAGCUGAGCGACCUGCAGACACAACUGAGCCACGAGAUCCAGAGCGACGUGCUCACCAUCAACUGAGAGUGUCUCACUUACAGACCAGGACCUGCAUUCACACAACUUUCUUCUGAUCAGACGGCUGAUCUAGGAUCAGUGUUCAGGUUGCUCUUUGAGGAAUCAGUUGGAUCCUCCCUGGAUACUGGUCUCAGAUCUGUAUGUAUCUGUUAUCAAAGGCUGAUCAGUAAUUCUUGAGCUGUGGGUAAUUUGAACCAGUGAGUCCUCAUUUGGCUUGAGAGUUGUAAAAAUGAAUAUGUUAAGUGUCUUAUUUUUAGAAAUCAAGUCAUUAUUAUUAUCAGACCUCCAAGUAAAAAGUUUACACAUUUUCUCUUAUCUGGAUGUGUAUUCUUGAAAUUAUUCCAGCACCAGCAGUGACUGUAACAGAAGUUGUGUGUGUGAUGCAAGGUCAGUGUCUGAAAGCUCUCAGAAUGAUGCAAAUAAAGUUUUGUUGUUGUCAAUGUAACAUUUAAACUAGAUAAUUAUUUUGUCAAAUGUCACUUUUUAAAU